AUGGAAUCUUUCUUUCCCGUGCUGGCAUCAAAUAACAUGUACUGGUUUCCUCCCGAAGAAGCCUCGAGAUUCGAGUCGGGGUUCGAUAUAUGCUCUGCAAGAUUACAUGUUCUUGGAUUCAAUAUUUUACCCUCCGGUGAAGAAUUUUAUUUAUCUACGCAACAAAAUUCAUCCAACUUUUUGAAAUUACUGGAGGAGCCGUUAUAUUUGGCGCGUGGAGAUGAGUUGCUCGAACGGGAAUUUGUCAACGUACUGCAUGCACUGCAGGUGGUGCAGUUUUACCAUUGGAAGACAGAUGAAGUAAAGAAAGCAUCUAUUGACGUAGUACCUUUGUCUGAAUUGCAGCGAAGGAAAAUGAAUUGCGUGAAAGUUUUGCUUGUGAAGGAUCUUCGACUCGCUGAGUCAAUUUUUGGAGAUAUAAGUGGCAAGUGCUCGAAAAUGUCGUUUGACGAGUUUAGAUUUUCUGAUGUAGUUUCUGAGUGGGAAGCGUAUAGUUUUAGGUUGCUAGAAGAAAUGGUGAUAAGCUUACCAUAUUGGAGAACACAUCAAUCUAUUUUCUCUGUAAACAAUCUUGUCUGA